GAAACGCAUUGCAGGCAGCACCCUGAACAAACCAGAAAAACAGCCCUCUGCUCUGGAGCCCAAGGCAGCAGGGUCCCACCUGCCACUACUUUUCCGGGAGCGUCUGUCCUUUGCGCUGCCAUGGAAGAGGACAGAGCCCCAUCGCCCAGGGAAGAGCUGGAGCUCUCGACGCUGGAGCUGGAGAGGGAGCAGGAAGAACAGACGCCUCUCAGCCUCCAGAUCCAGCCUUCCUCCGCGGAGAGCCCUAGCCCAGCCCAGCCAGACAAGGGCAAGGAAAGUCCCUGGAGUCCCUGUAACAAGACGGUGGUUGGACAAUGUAAACUGUGGAUGGUCAUUGUCACCAUUUUCCUGUGUUUCGUCGUAGUGAUUACCAUAAGCUUAUGCCUUAUAGGAGUAACUUACAUCGAUGAAGAUGAGAAUGAAAUACCUGAAUUAUCGUCAAACAAAACAUUCUUCGUCAUGCUCAAGAUUCCAGAGGAGUGUGCCAAUGAAGAGGACUUGCCUCACUUGCUCACUAAAAGGCUCACCGAUGUGUAUACACAGUCACCGUCGCUGAGUCGUUAUUUCACCUCUGCUGACAUCGUGGACUUCAGCGUUGAAAACGCCACGGUAACCUACCACUUGCAGUUCGGAGUUCCAGCUGAGGAUGAUGGCUUCAUGGAGUUCAUGAUGAGCAAAGAGCUGGUGCUUGGCAUUGUGCGACAGAAUUUCCACGAUAAGAAUCUGUCUAGUUGUGAGAGUCUCGGGCUGGACCCAGAAUCUCUCUUGCUCUAUGAAUGAAGUGGUGGAGGUCGGUCUGUGUCAGAAAGCAGUGCUCUGCAGUUUCCAAAGGAAGAGAAUUCAAAAACCUAUCUUGUAGUGACCAGCAAGAGGAGACAGUCAUGUUGCACAGAUAGGGAGCCUGGCUCCAUUGGCUGAAUGCGUGAAAGCUGUUUGUGAGAGCUGUCCCAGCUGGAUUCAGGAGCUAGAUGAGGUCUGGGGCAAACCAAAGAUCCACAACCCAAGAUUUCUGCUGCCUUUGAAGCACUGGCUGCCUCUGCUCGAGCAUGGAUGCUUUUCCUGUAGUAGAAGCAGAGUACCUGGCUGUUAACCUAUGUUCAUGGGGCAAGGCUAAAGCAAGUAGUCAGGGGACAGGGAACCGAGACAAUUGUUCAUUCAGGCCCUCUCUCCACUCACAAUUAUAUUUGAUAGACCUCCAAGCAGAGAAAGGGAGGAACAGGAAGGUCCCUCCAAGAUCUGGGAACCAUAAUUCCGCAUCUACCUCCACCACCUAUACCUAGGUAUAUGAACAACUGAGCUCAGCCAUAUCACUGAGUGUUACUCACAGAAAUAAGUUCGAUGCAUCUCGUUUCUCAUCUCUUCAUUGUUCCUGAGAUGCCUCAGUAUUUUUUUUUUUUUUGAAAACAUAAGUCUGUGAGUUUUGAACAUGCUGCCAUCUUUUAAGGUUGCCAGCCAUUCGGGUUUUUAUUACUAUCAUUGCUGUAUUAUGUAAAACUCGUCAAAGGAUCAUUAGGACUGCUUCAUUUCUGCUACUGAUACCACAUACUGGCUUUGCAUUGGCUGGUGUCACCAGCCUUUCUGUAGGACACAGUUUCUUGACUUGUUACUUGUAUGUCUUACUGCAGAUGAUUGCUAAGCAGAGACUCUCUGUCCUUUUGAAACUGUCAAAAGAGGCAUGCCUGUCCUUUGGCAGGCCACGAGGAAGUUAGUGACUCUAUCAGUCACCUGCAGAUAGAGAAUGCCUGUCAUGAGGGAAUAGAAUAUUUGUUUUGUUGGGGAAAUUGUCUUUCUGGAAAUUCUGGGGGAGAGAGUUUCAUUGUGGAAUGAGAAAUUUCCCAGCCUGAUACCUCAGAGAGAUUAACCAUGGAUGCAGGUCACUGUGGCAGACAGCUAUGUAUGAGUCUGCAUCAAAUGUAGGGUUCUGAACAAUGUGAAUUUGCUUUCUUAUUUAUCUACUAUAUGUUAUAGUAAUAAUAAUUUCUAUAUAGUAAUUUAUUGUUUCAUUUUCAGUAUAGUUCCUUAAACUACUGAAACGGGUGGAUUUUUCUUCUUCCCCUUUAUUUUUUUACAUCAAAUGUGAACCUCUCUGUGCCUGUACUUUUUGGAAAGUAAUGAGGAAUUUUAAUAUAUAAUGUCUUAGAAGCCUUUACAGUAAAUUAUUAUUAUUAUUUUGCAA